CUCUUUUUCCGGUUGCGCUUGAUACUGAAAGAUGCCUGGAAUCACCGUUAAGGACGUCGAUCAAGACAAAGUGGUUGAGGGCGUUGCCCUUUUCCUGAAAAAGUCCGGCAAGCUGAAGGUUCCGGAAUACGUCGAUCUUAUCAAGACCGCCAAGUACAAGGAGCUUGCGCCAACGGAUCCGGACUGGUUCUAUGUGCGCUGUGCCUCGAUCCUGCGACGCCUGUAUCACCACAGCCCAGCCGGUGUUGGCUCGAUCUGCCGCAUUUAUGGAGGACGCCAGCGCAACGGUGUGCGUCCGUCGCACUUCUGCCGUUCCGACGGUAGCGCUACCCGUAAAGCUGUUCAAGCAUUGGAAGCCAUCAAGCUGAUCGAAAGGCACGCAGACGGAGGCCGCAAACUGACCAGCCAAGGCCAGCGGGAUCUGGAUCGCAUCGCCGCUCAGAUCUCGAGCAAGAAACGUGAAGCAAUGAAGAAGGAAGCCGCUCAGGUGUUGAAACUGCCAGAAUAAGCGAUGUGCUGUACAUUUCCUUAAGAGCGCUAAAAUGUGAAGCUGAUGUGGUCUGAAUAUAAAGUUACAACAGCAAUCGGCAGUUGAACAUCGA